AUGUAGCCAUAAUAAUAAAUAAGGAAUUCAAUUUUGUUAACACCUGAUUUUGUAAUAAUAUAAGAUACAAAAUAUGAAAUAAAAGUAUUAUUAGAUAACAAUGCCCAUAUUUAAGUAUAUUAAGCCUCAAAUAUAUAAACAAAAGAGGAGGUUUUGAUAAAAAUAAUAGAUACAUCUUAAACUUAAGAACUUUAGAAAUAUAAAUUAAUGGCUUCAAAAAAAUUUAAAAAUGUAAUGAACAUCAUCAAUUUUGAAUUGAGAAAGGAAAAGUUAUAUUUAGCAAUGGAAUUUAGUCAAAAAUCUUUAUUGUUUGAGUGUUAAGAUUAAUUUAAAUAAAAUUAAUAAAGCACAGGAUAUAUAAUUAGAUAAAUAGCUAAUGGAAUUAAGGAGUUACACAAUAUAUAAUUAAACAUGUAAAUUAAACCAAGUAAUAUUGUAAUCUAAACAUUAACCGAUCAAUUUAAUAAUCAAUAAAAUAUUUAUAAGUUAUGUGAUUAUGGAUAGUAUAUAAAAUAACAAGAGUUACUUUUAUUUUACGAUGAAACUUAGUAUUAAGCACCAGAAUUAACAGAUAACAAUCAAAUGUAAAUUCAUCAAAAUAAAGUGGAUAUUUGGGCUUUUGGUAUUCUAUGUCUAGAAUUAUUUAAUUCGUUAAUCUUUCUAAGUAACUAUUAUUGAUAUUUAGGGGAGAAAAAAAUUAAGGAAAUAACAUAAUAAGAUAUUGUUUAAUUCAUUCAAUCAAUUAAUUGUAGUUUUUAAUAUAAGAGACUCUUUGAAAAAAUGCUUCAAAUUGAUUCAUAAUAGAGAUAUAAUAUUGAUUAAGUAUUAUAAGAGUUUAAGACAGAGCAUAUAAUAAAAAAUAGAUCUAGUUGCUAAUAAUUAAUAAAAAGUUAAUAAAAUUUGAUAAAUCAUCAGUUUUCAUGUAUUAAAAUAAAUUAGCGUUAAUCAGAAUAGAUACAAAAUUAAACUAUGUAGUAGUUCUCAAAUAUGAAAUAAAUUGAGUAUGUUAGUAAUUUUAAUUAUAAAUUCUCUUAAAAAUAAUUAAAAGGACUAAAUAAUGGUUGA